AUGUCCAAUCUAUCAGAUGAUACACUCAGAAAGAUCCUCACCCAGAUCCAAAAUCAGGCCAUCACCUCCCAACGUGCCCUCGCCCUCGUCCGCUCCCAAAUCCAAGCCAAAGAAAAAGAUCGUAAAAUCCUCCAACUGACCAUCCGCCAAUUAUCAACCGUCCCCGCCCCGUCGGGCGAGAAUAAGGGGGACGGGGCAGGGAUAGAAGGACAGACGUUCAAGGGCGUAGGUAAGAUGUUUGUGGUGGUGCCGAGGAAGGAGGUGGAUGCGGGGCAUGCGAAGCAGGAGAGGGAGUUGAAUGAGGAGAUUGGGGUGUUGGCGAAGAAGGCCAAAUAUCUCGAGAGACAAUUCGACGAGGCAAAUACCCAGCUGAAAGAUAUCUUCCACAGCCAACAACGAGAACAACAAGCCUAA